GGGGCUCAGCGCGGCGGCCACUGCGCGAGGCGACGCUGCGGUUUCGGCUCCAGACAUGCUGCUGCUCAAGAAACAGACGGAAGACAUCAGCAGCGUCUAUGAGAUCCGGGAGAAGCUCGGCUCGGGCGCCUUCUCUGAGGUGAUGCUGGCCCAGGAGCGGGGCUCUUCACACCUUGUUGCCCUCAAGUGCAUCCCCAAGAAGGCCCUUCGAGGCAAGGAGGCCCUGGUGGAGAACGAGAUCGCAGUGCUCCGCAGGGUCAGCCACCCCAACAUCGUGGCUCUGGAGGACGUCCACGAGAGCCCUUCCCACCUCUACCUGGCCAUGGAGCUGGUGACAGGGGGUGAGCUGUUUGACCGCAUCAUGGAGCGUGGCUCCUACACGGAGAAAGAUGCCAGCCACUUGGUGGGCCAGGUCCUCGGGGCCGUCUCCUACCUGCACAGCCUGGGCAUCGUGCAUCGAGACCUCAAGCCUGAAAACCUCCUCUAUGCCACGCCCUUUGAGGACUCCAAAAUCAUGGUCUCCGACUUCGGCCUCUCCAAAAUCCAGGCUGGCAACAUGCUGGGCACUGCCUGUGGGACCCCGGGAUAUGUGGCCCCGGAGCUCUUGGAGCAGAAACCCUACGGGAAGGCUGUGGAUGUGUGGGCCCUGGGUGUCAUUUCCUACAUCCUGCUGUGUGGGUACCCCCCCUUCUACGACGAGAGCGACCCUGAACUCUUCAGCCAGAUCCUGAGGGCCAGCUACGAGUUUGACUCUCCCUUUUGGGAUGACAUCUCAGAAUCAGCCAAAGACUUCAUUCGGCACCUUCUGGAGCGAGAUCCCCAGAAGAGGUUCACCUGCCAGCAGGCUUUACAGCAUCUUUGGAUCUCCGGGGAUGCGGCCUUUGACAAGGACAUCCUGGGCUCAGUCAGUGAGCAGAUCCAGAAGAAUUUUGCCCGGACCCACUGGAAGCGAGCGUUCAACGCCACCUCCUUCCUGCGCCACAUCCGCAAGCUGGGCCAGAGCCCUGAGGGCGAGGAGGCGUCGGAGCGGAGGGUGGCCCGCCACAGCCACCCUGGCCUCCAGUCUGGCCAGCCCCCCAAGUGGUGAUGCCCAGGCAGACGCUGUGGCCAAGUGCGUUGACUUCUGGAUCCCCUUCCUAUGGGUGGCCCCUUCCAGACCGCUUUCCUCACCCCCAGGACCCCGGGCUGGCCUCUGCUGGAAAGUUCGAGAUGUGUGGGUGUGGUGCACAGCACUGGGGCAGGAGUGGAACUCCCCUCUGCCCUCUGUGCCUAGGGGCUGAUGGGUUGCGUGCACGGGGACACACGGGGAUGCCCUCCACUGUCACCACCACACCCCCUCUAGGAGCCAAGGCGGCUUCCAGGGGCAGUUCCUCCCGCACGCCGCUCUGUGCUUUGCUGACUGUGGUGGUCCCGCUUUGUGUCAUGGCCCUCCAGCCCCCUCCAGUUUCCCCCGAAUCAAUAAAGACAGACA